CCUUGCCACAGUUAACCAUUCGAUCCGAAGCCCAGUAAUAUAUACUAUCUACUACCACCUAUAUCUAAUUUAAUCGUCAACGGAUUAGCGCUAAGCCCUCAAUUUUGCUGUGGGCAGGUGCAAAACUGCGACCAGUGGCUAAUUAAACUGUGAACUGUUUUCACGUCCAUUGUAAUCGCGAAAACCAACAUAAUUCAAAGCAAUUUGCUCACCUCAGCGUGGAAUUCGCGAUUGCGCACUCGAAAUUGGUGGAUUGUAAAUACGGUGUUUGAGUACCACGCGGGAUUCCCCCUCCCGCUCCUCUUCCCAAAAAUCGUUGGCAAUAAAAGUGAAAGAACCACAUUGUGUUCGCAAACAAGCUGUUGAUUAAUCGUCGGGAGAAAGGAUAUUCGCUUCGAGCUACCAUGGUUAGGGCACAAGAUCUUCUGCUCUUGGCCCUUUUGGGAUUCGUCUCCAGUGCGCUUGGCCUAAAGGUUAACACGGGCUAUCAUAUAGUCCAUAAUCAUCCUCAACCAGCUUUUCCCACUUACCAUGGAUUCAGUUACCUCCAAGGUUCCGCUCCAUUUGUGGUUGGAAAUAGCUUACCCACUUCUCCGGCUCCCCAACAUCCAUUUUCCUCGCCGGCAAGUCCUCCCGUAUCAGCCUACGGAUAUAGUUUCCCGACUGCGGGUCAAGUGUCCUGUGCUGCUCCUCCGGCAACUUGUGAGAAAACAGCUUAUCGAACACUGGAUGGAUCCUGCAACCAUCUAGAGCGUCCUGGCCUAGGAGUGGCCAACUCCAGGUAUGGUCGCCUGUUGACUCCCAAAUAUGCCGAUGGCAUUUCGGCACCCACAAGAUCUGUGACAGGAGACGAACUGCCCAGUGCUCGUCUGGUUUCCUUGGUGGCUUUCGGGGAGAAGGAUGUCCCAGAUCCAGAGUUCACGUUGCAUAACAUGCAGUGGGGUCAAAUCAUGACCCACGAUAUGAGCAUGCAAGCAGGAGGCACCCAAUCGAAAAAGCAUCCCACGCGUUGUUGCACCGACGAUGGACGACUAAUUGGUCUGGACACCGCCCACAAAACUUGUUUCGCCAUAAUUGUGCCACCUCAUGAUCCAGCUUAUUCCCAAGUGGGCACCGAGUGCCUCAAUUUUGUGCGCACUUUAACCGAUCGGGACUCGAAUUGCCAGUAUCGCGGAGGACCAGCGGAGCAGAUAACAGUGGUCACUUCCUAUCUGGAUCUCUCCUUGGUCUACGGCAAUUCCAUUCAGCAGAACAGCGAUAUCCGGGAGUUCGAUGGAGGUCGGAUGAUCGUGGAGGAGCGUAAUGGCGCCAAGUGGUUGCCACUUUCCCGAAAUGUUACCGGAGAUUGCGAUGCCGUGGAUGCCAGCGAGGUGUGCUACCGAGCUGGAGAUGUGAGAGUGAACCAGAAUCCCGGAUUGGCCAUCCUCCAAACGGUUCUGCUGCGUGAACACAACCGAAUUGCUGAUGCCUUAUCCGCCUUGAAUCCUCACUACGAUGAUCGCACUUUGUUCCAAGAGGCUCGCAAGAUCAACAUUGCCCAGUACCAACAGAUCAGUUACUACGAAUGGCUGCCCAUCUUCUUGGGUGCAGAGAAUAUGCUGAAGAACCGACUAAUCUACAAGGCUCCUUCAGGAAGCUAUAUAAACGAUUUCAAUCACAACAUCGAUCCCUCGGUUUUGAAUGAACAUGCAACUGCCGCUUUCAGAUACUUCCAUUCACAGAUCGAAGGUCGUUUGGAUCUGCUUUCCGAGCUUCGCCAAGUUCUGGGUUCCCUGACCCUCAGCGACUGGUUCAACCGUCCCGGCAUCAUUGAGGUUGGAGACAACUUUGAUUCCCUGACCAGAGGACAUGCCACACAGCCCGAGCAGCUGACGGAUAUCAACUUUGACAAACAGAUUAAACACUUCCUGUUCAGGAGAAACAUGCCUUUCGGUUCGGAUCUUCGUUCCCUGGACAUUCAACGCAAUCGCGAUCACGGUUUGGCUUCCUAUAAUGACAUGAGGGAAUUCUGCGGAUUGAAACGUGCCCAUUCUUGGGAGGACUAUGGUGACCUGAUCAGUCCCCCGAUUCUGGAGACCCUCAAGUCGCUUUAUAUUAGUCACGAAGAUGUGGAUCUGACUGUGGGAGCUUCUUUGGAGGCCCAUGUGGCCGGAGCUUUGGCUGGACCCACUUUCCUUUGCAUCCUCACCGAACAAUUCUACCGAACUCGCGUGGGCGAUCGGUUCUUCUUCGAGAAUGGAGACAAGCUCACUGGGUUCACUCCCGAUCAACUGGAAGAACUGCGAAAGGCGAGUAUGGCCCGAUUGCUCUGCGACAAUGGCAACCACAUUUCAUCCAUUCAGCCUGAGGCUUUCAGGACUGUCUCCCAUGCGAAUCCCAUUAUGCCCUGCUCGAAUAUUCCACAAGUCGACCUCACCAAGUGGAUUGAUCAUAAGCCAUACGCCGCGGUAGAUCCGUCCGCUCUUUACGGAAAGAAGUGAUCGCUGGCACUUCGCCCGACGAUCUACUAUUAACUAGUUGAAUAUAAAAUACCUUUAGCUUAAUCAGUAACAUAAUCGUAAAUGCAAACACCUCUCCCCCUUGUAUGAUAAUGCCCCCCAAACUGAUGUACAGAAAUAAAGCCCUUUACCAUUUA